AUGCUACAAGCGAUAUUCCCAGUUCCCACACACUUCCUCCUUCUGCGAAAGAGCUUCAAGCGCGGCAGCAAAUUGCUGUUGCCAACGUUCAAGAUGGCCAUGCUCUAUCCGGACGAUCUGGCCAUUAGAGAUAAUGUGGGCGAGUACACCUACUUCCAGCUGUAUAUGGCGGCCAAGCGACUAUCCAUACAGAUCUCCAAUAUAUGCGGCAGCGGCGCUUCGUUGCCUGUCGGACUUUUCUGUGCAAACGAUGCCAUGUGGAUUGUGAUGCUGUGGAGCUGCUGGAUGUCCGGCCAAGUAGCAGUGCCCCUGCGUACGAGCCCAAGCCUGGAGAUGUUGCGUCUCCAGGCAAUCGACUGUAAGGCAAAGCUGUUCCUUGGCACUCCCGAAAACGCGAGCAUUGUCGACGAACUGGCCCAGACCCUGAAGGCGGCCACCAUUGUACUGGACCAUGACUUUGUGCCUCCAGUGAAGGAAAUCUCCUCCACAUCGAUGUACGCCCAGCAGCUGGUGGUCAGCGGAGAGUCGGGCGUUCUGAUGCCAGAGGCCAUGCUGCCCAAUGACUUCUACGAGAACAGCAUAGCCAUGCUGCUGUACAAGUCCACGUCCACGUCCAACGAGAGCCACAGCCCCAAGCCGGUGCUGCUCAGCCACCGCAAUGUCGACGCCCAGAUCCACUGCCUGAUCAACACCUGGCGCCUGGGGCCCAGCGACACCUUGCUGCCGGUCCUGCCGAUGGUGCACAUGCACAGGAGGGGAUCUUCAUUCCCACCGGCGACAUAUGCGCCUACUACAACGAUGCGAUGUGAUAACCGUCGGCGGUCUCCAGGUCAACGCCUCGGAAGUGGAGAAGGUGCUCCUCUCGCAUGGCCAUCCCGGAUUCGGUGUGGGGCAAUCGACUCUGUGUCGUUUGCAUUGCCUCGCCCGACGUCCAGAUUGAGCUGGAGACCAUCGCGACAUAUUUCCAGGAACGCUUGCCGCCCUACAAGUGUCCCCAUGUCGUAAAAUUAACAGGAUAUGCCCUAAACUCUUGUUAAACUUUGAUCUGAAUAAAAUCAAGGCAUUAGAAAUUUCUAUUAAAA